CCUUACUCCUGCCCCCGCGGGAUACUCACUCCUGCCCGGGCCGGGGCUCCCCCGCUCCCCCUCGCUUCCUCUCCUCCUGCCACCGCUGCCGCCGCAGCCUCACUGGGCGGCGCCGAGGCGGCCCCGCCGAGCCGCGCACCUGCCGCAGGCAAGUCCCACAGACGCCUAUAAGAGCCGGUGCCGUAAAGCGAGGCGCGGGUGGUGCGACAGCCGCGAGGUCCCCUGAGCGAAGAUGGCGGCGGGGGAGUCGAAGUCGGUGCUGUUCGUGUGCCUGGGAAACAUCUGUCGCUCUCCAAUAGCUGAAGCAGUUUUCAGAAAACUUGUGACUGAUGAGAAGCUUGAAAAUAAGUGGAGGACAGACAGUGCCGCUGUUUCAGACUGGAACGUGGGGCGCUUCCCAGAUUCAAGGGCUUUAAGUUGUCUAAGAAAUCAUGGCAUUGAGACAGCACAUAAAGCGCGACAGAUUACUAAAGAGGAUUUCCAGACCUUUGAUCAUAUACUUUGUAUGGAUGAGAGCAACCUAAGAGAUUUGAACAGGAAAAGCAACCAAGUUAAGGACUGCAAGGCCAAAAUUGAGCUACUUGGAACUUAUGAUCCACAGAAGCAGCUUAUCAUUGAAGAUCCAUACUAUGGGAGCGAAAAGGACUUUGAAACUGUUUACGAGCAAUGUCUUAGAUGCUGUAAAGCAUUUUUGGAGAAGUAUCAUUAAUGCUUCAUCAUACAAUUUCUAAAAGAAAAUAAUUAGCUUCUUCUGAAAUAUGUAAAGUUUACUUGAUUGAUGUAUUUAAAUUGUAAAAUUAUGCCUCUACAUUCAGUACUUACUCAGUUUAAUUUUGUAUUUUAGCUGUUCUGUCAUCUAAUGAAAAAAUAUAGAAAGGUUUUAAUUGGAUUACAUGAUCAACUGUUUUGUCACACAUUAAUGUAGUUAUAAAGUAUAUAAUUCAGUAUAAAUUUUUCUGUAAACUCUUCAAGUGCUUUCUCACAAGCACUGCGAAAGUAACACCUUGCUUCUUUAUAUGUAAUGCUAAGUGAACUGAGGUCUUGUCCUCAGUGAGUUGAUUUCAGUCAACUUUCAAUGGUAGUCUGUGAGAUAAUAGUUGAUGUGUAACUUAGGUGUGUCAUCCCAGUGUCAUUAGGCAACCUUUGGAUAGAAGCUGUUUCACAUGGAGCCUGCUAGACUGAAAGAUCUGCUGCCUGAUAGAACUGUCUAAGUCUUCCUUUAGUCUUCUGGUCAGUUGCUAGCACACUGACAUAAGCACAAGUAACACAGCAUUUACUUUGAGGAAAAAACAUACCUGCUUUAAAGCUGAAAUGUGAAAUCACAUAUUGUUUCUCACUGUAGUAAAAUACUCGCAAUACAGUGGAUGAGAAAUUUGCUGUAAUCCCAGUUCCUACAUGAGGGUCAGACAGUAUUUCCAGAUUUACUCAGGAGGAUGUACAGCCUGUCAAAAGUGUUCUUUGAGAGUAUAGUUCAGUGUAAAGACAGUCCAUCUGUAAUAAAAUACUAAGUUAGCAGAAGGCCAGUAAGUAGACAGUUCUGCUCUUGGACAAAAUUUGAAUGCUUUGUAAAAGUCUAUGCCUGCUUUUCUGAGUAUCACCCUUCCUGUCUGCCUUAGACAUGUAAAUGUACUGAGAUCAGUAAUAUAAGUGAUACCAUGAUGAUUUUCUUGUUUUGGAUAUUCUCAGCAUUGGUAUGAACUAGCAUUACCACAUUAUCUGUAAAACUGGAUCUAUAAAAUUUGUUUUCUUAUUUA